CGAUUUAGGUCAUCUUAAACAUUGAUUGAUCCCACCAGAUUAGAUUACUAUUUUCAUUUCAUUGCUACUCAACUAGCUUUAUUUUGAUAAACUACAUUUGCAUUUCACUUCAUUCAUCGAUUCUAUUGUUAUAGAGCCCAUCAUUAUUGCAUAACCUACUCAUCAUCAUCACUUAUUUUCACACCCCGUAUUCAUGACUGAUAUAGAGCAACCUUAUGAAGAUCCUAUUUUAAAAUUAAUUCAUGAUCCCAAUUUGAAUCGAGAUAAAGAAAAGUCAAACCAAUUGGUAUCAUUAAUCAAUGACUUCCCCUUGACAGAAAGAAAGAUUAGUAGAUUAUGUCUGACUACUUUUUCAAUUUUACAGACCCUUGAAAAAAUGAAUCUCAUCUUCAAGAGUUGGGAGUUUCUAUCAUUAGAUUUCAGUAGUGGUGAUCAUUUCAAUGAUGAUAACGAUUAUAAAACUAAAGAAUUCAAUUAUAAUAUUGCUGAUAAAGUGAUUAAUAAAUGUCAAGAACUUAAUAUCAAGUCCAUGAAAAUAUCAAUUGAUAUCGAUCAUAUUACCAAGACUUCAAGAACUUUAUCUCCUAUUGAAUAUAUUUCUGAUAGUGGAACUUUAUUAACAUCUUUAAUAUUAAGAUGUAUUAAAUUAAAGAAUGAUAUUGGAUCCAAUGUCACUACAUCUUAUCUGAAAGCUAGAUUAAUAUGUAUCGGUAAAGAAUUAGAAUUAAUGUUACUUCAAAGUGAUUCUGAUUCGAAAGAUACUACUACUAUAGAGUCAUAUAAAUCAUUCAUCGUUAGUUUACUCCGACAAUUGAACGAAGCUAUAGAUACUAAUGAUAGUGAAUCAAAGUUUGAAUGUUUGGCGGUUAUUAAUGAUUUAGAACAAAUGUUUGAAGCUUAUAAACUUGAAAAAAUGAAAGAUUCAAUCAUUAAACAACAACAAGAACUAAGACAAAAACAACUUGAAUUACCUGUCAACCAUUCUCACCAUCAUCAUAGUAAUGUUCAAUCUGAUGAUGAUGAAUAUGAGUAUGAUGAUACUUAUUCCGAAUUUGGUAUGAAUUCAAUGUAUUCAUCUACCGUAUCUCAACCACCAAUGGUUCAUUCCAUCACCAAGACUCGUGAUACGGAUUCUACAGUAGGAACUAUAAGUUCACCUAAACAUAGACGGGGAUCCAUGUCAUCCAUGUCAUCAUCUACUAUCCUUCAUAAGACUACCAUAUCUGAAGAAUUACCAUACUUAAUGUCAGCAUUCAAUUCAGCAAAGACCAUAGAGGAAGAUGUAAGUCAUUUCAAAGCUCAAGCUCCAGAAGAACCCAAGAAGAAAAAAGAAGAACCGAAAGAAACCACAUCUACCACAAAAUCAAAACCAUUCUUCUCUCAUAAGACAAACUUACCUGAUUCAUCAUUAUAUUCUGAAAGUACAGUUUUACCCCAAGUUCAAACUUCAGGAAUGUCACCUGCAUCAUACAUAUAUUCUAAUGCAUCACUUUUAUCAAAAUUAGGUAUAAAGCCUCAAGUUAUCAAGACCAAUUUAACGGCCAGAGAAUUAUCUAAUUCAACUAAGGGUAACACCACACCUAGCGUACCACUGUUAAUAAUCUCUAAUGGAGACAAGGAAGUGGAUGGAGAUGAAAAGGAUAAAGAGAAUAGGAGAAAUAUAACUCCUCUCACUAAGGCGAAUUUAGCAACUCAUACUAUAUUACGAUUAAGCUCACCUGAUACGACGAUUGAUGAAGAUGUUGAUUGAGAUUAGGCAUUUAUUUAUUUUACACAUUUAUUCAUUUUCAUUUUUAUUUAAUUUAUUUAUUUAUUGUGAUUCUUACAUUUUUUUAUAGGGAUAAUAAACGGAAACUGGCGAUUAUGAAAGUAUU